GAGGUCGCGCGCGCGCCGGCGCACGUAAUUACGCACCUUCCCCUCCUCCUCCCCCACCCUCCGGGCCUACGUAUGCCUUCGCACACCCUCCUGCGCUCCUCCCUCGCGCCCCUCCGCCGCCAGGUCGGCUCAGCGCGCCGUCAUACCUCGUCCAUUAACACCCUCCUCCAGGCGUUCAAGGAUCCGUCAUCGCCCUUCCACAUUCGCCCGGGCGAGACGGGUCCCGCCUCGCCCGAUGAAGAGCCAGCUGACGCGCCACACGACUCCCGAGCGACCGUGGAUAAAGGCACGGACAGCCCGCCCUCGCAUUCAGUGCGGCGGACCUCUCCCCGGGACGCGUCGCCAGCCUCUCUGGCCGAGGCUCGUGCGGCGCUCGUCGACCGCGGGUUUGACCCUGACGUCCUUUGGACGCAGAAGAUCGUCUGGGGCGACCUCGAUAGCUUUCAGCACGUCAACAAUGUCCGUUACGGUACGUCUCUCCUCGUGUAUGGCACGGCCCUGGGGAUUGUACGGUCUGCUUAUUCCACG